CGGCUGUGAUUGGCUGAUCACGCCCCCUGGGGGCGCUGCUCAUUGGCUGCUCUGCCUUUCCUUUGUGGUGGCAGUUCGCAUCCGGUUCGUGAGGAGACUCAGAUACACAAAAAGCGGAGAAAGGAAUUUAAAGCUCGGAGACAGAACCGGAAAUCCGCGUGUUUAUAUUUUAUACAUGAGUUUAAGAGUGAGAGUGGAGCUGAGAGAGUUUAUUCCCAACUGCGAGUGAGGAUUUAGUGCGAGGACUGAGAGCGGAACCUGAGUGCAACCAUUUUACUGGGAACUGAGCUAACAGGCUAAUGCUAGCCUAGUGUGUGUGUGUGUGUGUGUGUGUGUGUGUGUGUGUGUGUGAGUGAGGACUGUGCCGGGUCAGUUUAUAUCGGGUUAUUACCGGGUGAUUGUGUGUGUGUGCGCGCGUGUGUUUUUUUUUUUUAGAGCAGUAGCUUCUGUGUGUGUGUGUGUGUGUGUGUGUGUGUGUGUGUGUGUGUGUGUGUGUGUGAGAGAGAGAGAGAGAGAGAGAGAGAGUGUGUGAGAGUGAGAGAGAGAGAGAGAGAGAGUGUGUGUGAGUGAGAGAGAGAGAGAGAGAGAGAGUGUGAGUGAGAGUGUGUGUGUGUGUGUGUGUGUGGCGGUGAUGGCGAGCUCGGCCCUGUACGCCUGCACCAAGUGUAACCAGCGCUACCCGUUCGAGGAGCUCUCUCAGGGACAGCAGCUCUGCAAGGAGUGUCGGAUCGCCCACCCCAUAGUGAAGUGCACCUACUGUAGAACCGAAUUCCAACAGGAGAGCAAAACCAACACCAUUUGCAAGAAAUGUGCACAGAAUGUCAAACAGUUUGGAACACCGAAGCCGUGUCAGUACUGUAACAUCAUCGCAGCGUUCAUCGGGACGAAGUGCCAGCGCUGCACUAACUCGGAGAAGAAGUACGGCCCGCCGCAGACCUGUGAGCAGUGUAAACAGCAGUGUGCCUUCGACAGGAAGGAGGAGGGCCGGAGAAAGGUGGACGGGAAGCUGCUGUGUUGGCUCUGCACGCUCUCCUAUCGUCGUGUUCUACAGAAAACUAAAGAACAGCGCAAAGGCCUCGGCUCGUCUCACUCCAACUCCUCAUCACUCAGCGACAAGGAACAUCGCCACCAUCACCGCCACAGCGCCUCACACAAGCUGAGUAGCAGUUUGAGUCCAGAGCAGGAGCAGCGACUGUGGGAACAGAGCCAUAAAUCAUCAUCCUCCAUUCAGAAAGAAACGCCAAAGAAGAAACCCAAACUGGAGCUGAAACCGUCCAACGGAGACAGUAGCUCUAUAGCUCAGUCGAUGGACUCAGGUGGAACAGAUAACUUCAUCCUGAUCAGUCAGCUGAAAGAGGAAGUGAUGUCACUGAAGAGGCUGCUGCAGCAGAGAGACCAGACCAUCCUGGAGAAGGACAGGAAGCUGACAGAGCUGAAGGCUGAUUUUCAGUAUCAGGAGUCGAACAUGCGGCUGAAGAUGAACAACAUGGAGAAAGCUCACAAAGAGGCCAUGGAGCAACAGCAGGCGAAGAACAGGGAGUUGAUGAAACAGGUUGCUGCUCUCUCUAAAGGAAAGAAGCUUGACCGCACCAGCAGCUCCCUUUUGUUACCAUGACGACGACCUCUCACCCACACAUGCCCAUGCGUCAUCACUGUGAGGAAGCUGAGGCUGUAUGACUCACAAAAAAAAAACAAAAAAAAAAAACGCUGCCUGUCUGUCUCUACAUCGGUAUUCACCCGUUUGUCUGUCUCUCUCCCCCCUUUUACCCAUCUCCUGUCUCUCUCUCUCUCUCUCCCUCCUUUUACCCAUCUCCUGUCUCUCUCUCUCUCUCCCCCCUUUACCCAUCUCCUGUCUCUCUCUCUCUCUCUCCCCCCUUUUACCCAUCUCCUGUCUCUCUCUCUCUCUCUCUCUCUCUCCCCCCUUUUACCCAUCUCCUGUCUCUCUCUCUCUCUCUCCCCCCUUUUACCCAUCUCCUGUCUCUCUCUCUCUCUCUCCCCCCUUUUACCCAUCUCCUGUCUCUCUCUCUCUCUCUCUCUCUCUCCCCCCUUUUACCCAUCUCCUGUCUCUCUCUCUCUCUCUCUCUCCCUCCUUUUACCCAUCUCCUGUCUCUCUCUCUCUCUCUCUCUCCCUCCUUUUACCCAUCUCCUGUCUCUCUCUCUCUCUCUCUCCCCCCUUUUACCCAUCUCCUGUCUCUCUCUCUCUCUCCCUCCUUUUACCCAUCUCCUGUCUCUCUCUCUCUCUCUCUCUCUCCCUCCUUUUACCCAUCUCCUGUCUCUCUCUCUCUCUCUCCCUCCCUCCUUUUACCCAUCUCCUGUCUCUCUCUCUCUCUCCCCCCUUUACCCAUCUCCUGUCUCUCUCUCUCUCUCUCUCUCUCUGUCUCUCCCCCCCCCUUUUACCCAUCUCCUGUCUCUCUCUCUCUCUCUAAAGCCAUCUCCUGUCUGUCUGCUGUUUUCCUAGCUGUCUGUCUCUCCCCCCAACUUCUGUUCUGACCCUAUUUGCUCUUAGUCUCUCUCUUUCUCUUUCUGUCCAUCUCUGGUUCUUCUGUCCCUCUCCUGAUGAUGUCACUGAUGAUGUCACACACGCAGCCCCGCCCAAAUCAUGUGACUCUGAGCUGAGGGGCUGUGCUAUGGACAAACAUGGCGGCCGGACACACCGGCCUGCAGGAUGCACACACACACGUUACGUCUGUCUGCAGAGAGUGACUGCACAGCCGUCUGUCUCUCUGCCUGUCUGCCUGCGCGGCGGAUUUUUAAUCACAACAACGAUGAGGAUUUUAUUAUUCUGUGUGAAAGAAUUGUUAUUCAUAUUAUAGGAAUCUCUCUCUCUCUCUAUCUUUCUGUCUCUCUCUCUCUCUCUCUCUUUCUGUCUUUCUGUCUCUCUCUCUCUCUCUCUCUUUCUGUCUUUCUGUCUCUCUCUCUCUCCCUCUCUCUCUCUCUCUCUGUCUCUCUGUCUCUCUCUCUCUCUCUCUCUUUCUGUCUUUCUGUCUCUCUCUCUCUCUCUCUCUCUGUGUCUCUCUCUAUUAUAAGUCUUUGUACUGUGACACUUUUGUAUUUUUUAUUUUGUCCCCCCAGAGUGUGGACAUUUCAGGAACAAUAAAUCUUCUAAAACUC